UCCCACCCCUCCUUUGGGGAGGAGAACUUGAUUAAAAGCCACUUUUACUGCGCUGUCAUGUUUCUCAAAAGGCUACAGAAGCGACACGAGACCGCUAGAAAUAAUCUUCUUUUGGAUGCAUGGAGUUUUUCUCUUGCUUUGUUGCUUUUUCAGAAGUUUGAUCGUUCCUUUGCUUUCAUGGGCAGAUAAUCCUCUUUGUAUUUUGUGGUGAAACUCUGAAGUUUUGUCGAGAUGCAGCUGAGGACAGUCCUUGAUGUCAAUGUUGUGGAUGUCCAGAAGAGAAGGAAUCCUUCCAAACACUAUGUAUACCUUGUCAACGUGACCUACUCGGAUUCCAUUUCCCAAGUCAUCUACAGGAGAUACAGCAAAUUCUUUGACCUGCAGAUGCGGAUUCUUGACAAAUUCCCCAUUGAAGGAGGACAGAAGGACCCCAAAAAGCGGAUUAUUCCUUUCUUGCCAGGUAAAGUCUUGUUUCGCCGAAGUCACAUCAGAGAUGUAGCUGUCAGGAGACUCAAGCACUUGGACAAAUAUUGCAAAGCUCUCAUGAAGCUUCCCACCCACAUUUCCCAAAGCGAGGAGGUUCUCAAGUUCUUCGAGACCAAGUCAGAGGACCUCACCCCUCCCACUGAAGACUGCGGAGGCUCUGGCAGACGCAAAUCAGGUCUGGACUCGUCGGACCACAUGCUCCUGGAGCAGUAUGUGGUGGUGGCCAGUUACGAGAAGCAGGAGCCUGCGGAAAUCAGCCUGCAAGCGGGGGAAGUGGUCGACGUCAUUGAGAAGAGCGAGAGCGGCUGGUGGUUUGUCAGCACUGCAGAAGAGCAGGGGUGGGUGCCUGCCACCUAUCUUAACUCCCACAACGGCACUCGGGACGACAUCGAGCUCGGUGCCUCCAAAUCCGGGCAAGUUACUAAGCGACACAAGGCCCAUCUGAAGAGGCUGGACCGGAGAUGGACGCUUGGGGGUGUCAUCAGCCGGCAGCAGAGCCGAGAAGAGAAGUAUAUCACAGUGCAGCCUUACGCCAGCCAGGGCAAGGAUGAAAUAGCAUUUGAAAAAGGAGUGACUGUAGAAGUGAUUCAGAAGAACCUGGAAGGCUGGUGGUUUGUCAGGUACCAGGAUAAGGAGGGCUGGGCUCCAGCAUCUUACUUAAAGAAGCUGAAGGAGGACCUCUCUCCACGGAAAAAGACAGAGACCAGCCCGGUGGAGAUCAUUGGCAACAUCAUGGAGAUCAGCAACCUGCUCAACAAAAAAGCCCCAAGCGAGCAAGACGUGGAUGUGCUCUCAGAGGGCCCGCAGGUCACCCAGAAGGAGAUCAGCUUGCCAGCGCUGUCUUCUGACUCCAGCCCUGUUAGUGGUGUCCAGGACGGCAAAGGAACAGCAGAGCAGGCCUCGCCAGCCGUGGCCCGCAUUGCACCUCAUCGGGUGGAAAUUGGUUCCCCAGUCCUCAGGCAAAAACCUCCCCCCCGCAGGGAUACAACCCUGGUGGGAAUGCUUCUUGGAUUUCCUUUGCCGUCACCACCAGAGCCCCCUACAGUCGAAGCAGAGUAUUACACCAUUGCAGAGUUCCAGUCUUGCAUAUCUGAUGGGAUCAGUUUCAACGGGGGUCAGAAAGCAGAGGUGAUUGAGAAGAACUCUGGAGGCUGGUGGUACGUCCAGAUAGGAGAGCAGGAGGGUUGGGCUCCGUGUUCCUACAUUGAUAAACGCAAGAAGCCCAACCUGAAUCGUAGGACGAGCACACUAUGCCGCCCCAAAGUUCCACCCCCGGCUCCACCUGUCAAGAAACAAGACUCAAUGGAGACGGCCCCUCCCAGCAGCCCUGGUUCUGAAACUCCUGAGUCUCCCAUGUCUCCAGGGAGGCCCGUGUAUGAAGAGCCGGAGUAUGAUGUUCCAGCUAUCGGUGAUCUGGACCUGGAGUCUGAGUUUGAGUUUUUGAGAGGUGAAGCUUCCUUGGUGGAUGGAAAGAAUGAGGACACGUCUUCCGACAAGGGUUCCCAGCUGUCCUCAAAAACGUCCCCGGCGUCAUCGCUCCACAGCGCCUCUUUCAGGAUGGGGGAGUCAUUUGAAGAUGGUCACGAGGCAGAGGGAGAGGAAGAGUGCAUCUAUGAGAAUGAUGGCUUCCGGCUCUUCAGGGAGACCCCUGAGAGGCAGUGCAGCCGGGACUCCGUUUCCUCCAAGACGAGUGCCUCAUCAGAAACCGGCAAGAAAAUCUCCAAAUUGGGGGAGUGGAGAUCUGCAGCAAACAAACUCAAGAUUGACUUGAACGGAAGCCAACAUUCAGCCAAAAGUGAGGAGGGGUCCGCAUCAAAAUCAGCCUCCAAUGAGUCAACCCCAGACAUGUCAAGACCCAAGAAAGCUCAAGAGGAGAACAAAUCCCCCCCCAACACCAAAUCCUCCUCCAAACCAAAGCCAGUGGUGAGGCCUAAGCCGCAGCUGGUGAAGGCAUCCAGUGGAGAUAAAAUGGAAAUCAGCACCUUGAGAAGACAGCUGCGGCCCACAGGCCAGCUUAAGAACAGCACUAAAACCAAAGGAGAGGACUCUGAGACGGCCUCUGUUGUCUCCUCUGAGGACUCCUUCUCUUCUCAGAGCACGUCGUCAGAGUUCUCCUCCAUCUAUUCCAAAGGCAGCCGGGGAGAUUCCGACCUGGUAGGUUGCGUCCUCUAUCGUACCACCGACCCCUACGAGAAGGUCCAAGAGUCUGAGCUGAGCUUCCCGGCAGGGGUGGAGGUGCUGGUGCUGGAGAAGCAGGAGAGCGGAUGGUGGUAUAUCCGGUGGGGGGAUGUCGAGGGCUGGGCGCCGACAUACUACCUGGAGCCCGUGCGCCUACAAGAUGAUGUGGGGGGAUCGGAAUCUGAUGGUACUCCUUCAAAACCCAGUAGCCUCAGCAAGUCCAACAGCCUGGAGAAGAAUGAGCAAAGGGUCCAAGCCAUGAACAACCUCAACCAAAACUUAAAGAAAGUGACUCCACCCAUUCCCUCCAAGCCUCCAGGGUUUUUUUCCAAACCGGCUGGCUUGUUUGGGUCACACAAACAGAACAGCAGCAAACAGCAGCAAGUCGUUCGUCCUCAGUCGGUCUUCAUCUCAGCUCCCAUCAGGGAUAGUCCAAGCCCUGUCGGGUCUCUCAGGAGAAACGAGUCCCUCAACUCCACCGACCACCCUCGCUCCACUCCCACCGUGCGACGCAACGCCUCCUUUGGCACGAUGCCCCGCAGUCUGGCACCCAACAACAUAGCGCUGCCCAGCAGGAACCCAACCGGCAUAGGUAGCUCAGACUUCCUGAGCAGCAGCCCUCAGAAGAAUGCCCUCCCUGUGUCCGCCGUGAGACCCAAACCCCACAUCAUCCUGAACAACCUCCGCGAGGUCUACGUGUCCAUAGCAGAUUACAAUGGUGACGAGGAGACAAUGGGAUUCCCAGAGGGGACCAGUCUGGAGGUUCUUGAGAGAAACCCCAAUGGUUGGUGGUACUGCAAAGUGCUGGACAGUAGCAGGCCAAGGAAAGGGUGGGUCCCUUCUAAUUACCUCGAGAAGAAGCAUUAGCGUGUUUGGAGCUGGCAGAACUCUGAACAAGAAGACUACUUACUUUUAUUUCGUAAAAGGACCCAAAGAUGUGCAGCCAAGCAGGAAAUUGCAAGAGGAGCAAAGCCAAAGAGAAAACACCAGAAGUGGAACUUCAUUCUUCAGUGGCCCCUUUCACACAGCAAACAUUUGAAAGCCAUUUAGGCCACACACACACACACACACACACAGUAGUAGAUUCUGUAUAAAAGGCACACGUUUACGCUUUGGACUUGGAUGCAGAAAUUUUGCAGGAUGUCUUGUGUGAAAGGGGUUAAUUGUGUCAUUUUGUACAACGUCUUCUUUGAAGCAUUUAAAGCUUACUGCAUGAUUGAAGUGAUUCAUUAUACUGACAAUGCCUUGAGCUGUUCAACGUAACAUUUUUGUGUUGCUGCUAAGCGUUAGCCACAUCUUGGUGCUGUCUAUUUGCAUGUUUUUAUAUCUUCUUCUUUUGUACUGUACGCCACCAGUAUGUCAAAUAUCUUAACCAUUCAGCUGCCAUUUUGUUUGUGAGCAUCUCUCAGCAUCACACUUUGCUUUAAUAGUAAAUAACUUGAUGGUUUACCAGGAAUAGAAAGUCUUAGGAAAACCAAGGUCCAACUCCGUAUUUAUUCAUUUAUUUUUAGAUUUGACAUAUUUUGAUCAUCUGCAUCUGUUCUAAAAUUUCUGCUGGGCAGUAAUUUUGACAACUUGUAGUCUUACUUGAGAUGCUCCCAUUUGUUUGAUGUUUACAGUGUGACAAAGUAACAAUAACUAAAAUACCUGAAAAUGAAAAUAAAUGCACUUUUGAACUGUUCUGUCAUUGUUUGUUGUUGCUGUUUGUGACACUUUUAGGUUCCACUUUGCAUUCACUGUGUCACUGAGGCAUCAAAUUGUUUGUGGUUAGGUGAAUGGAGCUGAGCCUCUCCCCUUGACAAGGAGGGAAGAAAAUGCACUUCCACUACUCUCUUCCAGCCUCCCUCGUUUUAGAGGUUUAAUUGUAAAUGUAUACUUUUUAAACCCUUUAACCCUCUGGUGUCCCUUUGAUUCCCCACAUCCCUAGAGGACAAAAAGUCUAGUCACAAAAACUGCUAUAAAAACAUAACAUAGUAAUAUGUUUUCAAUUUUUUUUUUUGCUUACAUCUUGCAAUCAACUUGUUCUAAUAAAAAAAAUACCAAACAUGUAAAUAUUUGAUAUUAUUUUAACCCCCUAAAUGC